CCCUUUCACUCAACCAAAAUACUGGCUCAGUAUUGGAUUGGCAAUACCUACUGGUGAGUUCAGGCCGGUAUCUUAAUAAUACACAACUAACACUUCCUCAUAUGAGUCCGAAUACUCACCGGCACCACUUAACUCACCGAUUUGUAAUUAAUUUACGUCACUCCAGUACUCACUUGCUUGUCCAUAGCUGCGCUUCAUUCCCGAUCUUUUCGAACCUAACCUGUGUUCAACAUGAUGUCAACCCAACAAGCUUUGUGGCUUCCUGUUAUUGGACAAGAUCUCGCUGUUAGUACUUAAUAUUGACGCACCUGGCUCCGACGAACUUCUCGCCAACAUGACUUCAAGCAGUCUGGACCCUUUGCAUUGGAAAAUCCAAGAAAAUGGAUUCAUUUUCGUCAAGUCGUACCCAGCAGUCAUUGGUGAAGAGGCUGCUGGCAAUAUGGAAACUGUCCGACUGAAGGGGAUAAGGCCGAACAUAGCCAGCAAGUUUACCAGUUUCCAACAGUACUGCAUCAUAAUUGCCGACUCCACUGCAAAAAUUCCGGAUAACAUGACUUUUGACCAAGCGGCUUCUGUGCAGCUUGUUAAGCUCUUUGGAUUCUCUCCCAUCAUCACUACAGCUUCUUUCCACAACACUGGACUUCUUUCCUCGCGCAGCGCUACUCGUGUGCUCGAUCGCAAUCUCUCGACCAUUGCGUCAAAAAAAACGCAAUUGCUAAGGUCACGGCAACUCUUAGCACUUCGGCAUUUGACGCCAGCUCUCUUCCUGACACACGAAACCGCUCAUGACACCAUUACUGCUGGAGGUACUGUCAUCGCAGUCGGAGUACCUCAGGUGGAUGACAGAAACGAGGAUAAGGUAGUCCAGCAAGUGUUCGGCAGUUUUCACCCCACCUACUGGGAGCUGGGUAAGAGUUUCACACCCGCAGUGGCUAUCAAGCUGAACGCUAUUGAAGUCGUCCCAGACGACCUCGAUGGUGUGCCUGAUCUGCAAGGACUGGAAAUAAAAUAA